AGGCAGAUAAAUCUAAAUUUAUCUCAUUACGUGAAACUUUAAAAGAACAAAUUAGUAAAUGUCAAAAGAAGAAAAUUCUAAAACAGCUAUCUUGGUUAAUGAACAAAAAAGAAAGAAGAGCUAAAGAAAAAAACAAAAAAAAAUAUAGGACUGCUAUCCCUAAAGAAAUGGGAUAUACAUUAAAUCGUAAAAAAUUAAAAUUGAAUAAACCUGAAUCAAAUGCCUUAAACAUUGUGAUAGAUUUUUCAUAUUAUGAUUUGAUGACAGAACAAGAGCUUUCAAAGGGAUUAAAACAAUUGCAGAGAUGUUAUGCCAUAAAUAGGAGAAGUGUUAACCCUGUGAAUUUACAUGCAACAAGCUUUAAUGAUUAUUUAUCACAAAAACUAGUACAAUCUGCUAAUCAUUUGAAAUGGGAUGUGAAAUUUAGCGAAAAUCACUUUAAAGACAUAUUUCCUGUUUCUGAUGUUAUAUAUUUGACUAGCGAUUCAGAAAAUGAAAUACAUGAUGUGGUUUCUUCUAAUAUAUAUAUUAUUGGGGGCUUAGUUGAUCACAAUAGAAAUAAAAAACAUUGCUAUGAGCAAUGUAAAAUUAUGAACAUAAACCAUGGCAAACUUCCGAUUGACAAAUAUCUUUCCAUCAAAAAAACAAAAGUUUUAACUAUUGACCAUGUGUUCAAUAUACUCCUCACAUAUCAUAAUUGUUCUAAUUGGUUAGAAACAUUUCAAAAGAUUAUUCCUAAAAGAAAAGAAGCUAUUCCCAUAAUCGGAGAUGUAAAAAAUGAAAAUAAAUUUAAUGAUGAAAAUGAAUAAUAUGUAUUGCAUUUAAUUAAAAUAAUAUAAAUAGAGUUUUCUUUGUAUUUAAUCAUUUAUAUUUAUUAUAAAGAAUUUUAAUUGUAUCACCCAUUCAUUGAUUUUUUUAAAGAUUAUUGGGUGUCAUUGGGAAUGACUAAAAUACACACCCCCAAAAACUACACGCCCCUUAUCAAAGAAGCUUAAUUUAUAAAAAA